GGCUCUUGUAAUCUUGUAAAUAUUUUGAGACUGGUGAUUGAAUUUUAUUAAAUUUUAAUAUAAAUUCAAGGUUUUUUUUAUACAAUACUGCUCAAAAAUUAAUUUAUAGAUCAUGGUUUAGAUGUAGUCACCGUUUAAUGUGUCCUAAGUUAUUUCCAAACGAACCAUAUUGAAUUGAAAGUUAAAGUUAGUACAUAAGGAGAAAGAUGGGAAGAAAUAAAAUGAUAGCAAAAAGCUGCCCCAAAUGCGAGAUGCAGGUGGCUGUAGCAUCAAAGUCAUGUAAAUGCGGGCACACCUUCUUCGCAGCGCGACGCGGGGCCGACUCCUUGCCCGCUGUAGAGGAUAUCAAACGAAGAACAGGCCGAGUCAGACGGUCACAGCCACAGUUCUAUGACGCGCAACACUACCAAAAGGCAAAGCGAAAGUCACCAAAGAAGAGAUCUUUAUCAAAAAACUAUGGAGACGAAGAUUAUAAAGGCAAAGGGAAGAUUGAAAGUGCCACAGCCCGCGCGCGCCGGCGCCGGGCGCUGCGCCGCGCGAAACGCGAGCCGCCGGCCGCCGACCGCGCGCGCGACCCCACGCCGCAGCUGCGGCCCGCGCAGCUCGCGCGCUGCCAGCUCAUCCUGUCCGAGAUCAACAGGAAGAUCGGCGCCGUGCAGUGGCAGCCGCCGUGCGACGCCUAGCCCGCCAUCACGCCACCACGCCCACCCAUCGCCGGCCCACUACUGACC